AUGUCUACUUUGAGCCCUAUCCACUCUCGGCUUUCUGCUAUCAAGUCGCACCAGUCGCAGGUGAGGAUCAUCAAUGCGACCCAGGCUGCUGGCGACGAGGACCUGUUGAAGGAAAUCGGAUACAAGCAGGAACUGAACCGGAAAUUCAAGACGUAUCAGAUCUUUGGUAUUGCAUAUAGUGUUAUGGGCAUUUUGCCCGGUGUGGCUUCUGUUUCUUCCCUUGGGCUUGCUGGCGGUCCAGCAGCCUUUGUUUGGGGGUGGUUUAUCACCUCGAUCAUGAUCUUGACUAUUGCUGCUGCAAUGAGCGAAAACGGUAACUACGGUCUCGCCGAGGAGAUCUUGGCUAUUGUGGUGAUCCAAAAAGACGGCAACUUCGACGUGACAGAGGGCAGGACGUACGCUGUUUUUGCAGCAGGCGUGAUCGUGGCUGCGAUCGGAACCUGCGUGAGCAGUCGUAACGUGGCCACCCUGCAAACUGUGUCUGGGGUCGCCAACACGCUGGUGAUGUUCAUCUUUUUGGUGGCUCUGCCGAUCGGAGCGUCGAACUCGGACUUUGGUCGGAGGGACGCCAAGUUCAUUUUCGGCAAGGUCAAGAGCUACUCGGACUGGAGCACGGGCUGGCAGUUCUGUCUUGCGUGGAUGGCAGCCAUCUGGUCGAUCGGCGCGUUUGACUCUCCGGUGCACAUGUCGGAGGAGGCGCAGAACGCAACUUACGGGGUUCCUCUUGGCAUUAUCAGCGCAGUCGCUGUCUGUGCAUUUGGCGGCUGGGCGUGCGUGCUGUGUCUGGUGGCCUGCAUGAAGCCAGACGUUGCUGCCGUGCUCGACACCGAAACCGGCUUCCCUUUCGCUCAGAUCUGCUACGACGCCCUGGGCAAAAAAUGGGCCGUUGCCAUCAUGUCGCUCACUGCGGUGUGCCAGUGGCUGUGUGCGGCGUCGAUUCUGACCGCGCUUUCGAGACAGAUCUGGGCGUUUGCCAGAGACAACGGACUGCCUUUUUCGAGCAUAGUCAAGGUGGUCAAUAAACGGCUCAGGGUGCCUAUCAGGGCUGUCAUAUUUGCUACCGUGGUGGCGUUGCUGAUCGGCUGUCUGUGUCUCGCUGGCCCUACGGCCGCCAACGCCCUGUUCUCGCUCGGAGUGUCCGGAAACUACGUCUCCUGGAGCACUCCGACCCUGCUCAGACUCACGUCUGGCCGUUCUGUGUUCCGUCCCGGAGCAUUCUACCUCGGCAAGGUGCUGUCGCCGAUCGUGGGCUGGAUUUCGUGCGUGUGGACGGCCUUUGUGCUGGUGCUGUGCAUGUUCCCGUCGAACAAAAAGGUGGAAAAGGACACCAUGAACUACAACGUGGUGAUCAGCUGCGGCGUGUGGAUCCUGUCCUUCGUCUACUUCUUCGUCUACAAGUACAAACACUUCCACGGCCCACGGUCGAACCUCGACGACGACGACGAGCAGCCGCUAAGCGUGGACGUGGUGAUGGAGGAAAAAAAGGCGUAG